AUUUAUCCUCCGUCCCGCCCAAGAAGCUCUAUCUGGCGAAGGACGCACCAUUGAAACUGAAGCCACUGAAGCUCGUUGCGUCGCCGACGAAAGGGGAAGAUGGACAAGGCGAUCCGAACAAACGCGUGCAGUUGGCAAACAUCGGGGAAUUUGUGUCUAACACGGCCGUGAAGGUGGACGAGUCGAAGAAGAAGAUCAAGAAAUUGCCGCUGAACGGACCGAAAAUGUUGUCCGUGUCCCCGCCAAAGGGCUACAAGAAGUUACUCGCGAGCUGUGAGCACAAGUACGUGAAGUGCCA